AAUCAGAACGAUCGUAGGGCUUUUCCCGCCGUUUUCCGCUCAGCGCGGGAGCCGCCAUGGAGCCUCUCCGGCCUUGGCUCGUCCCGUUCCUGCUGCCCGAGCAUUGCUUCGACCAAUUUUUCCUGCGCUUUCAACUCCUCGAUGUUCCGUGCUUGAAAAUCCUCCUGAGCAAAGUUUUGGGCUACGGCAUCGUGGCGGGAUCCGUCCUGGUGAAGGUCCCGCAGCUGCUGAAGGUUUGGGGGUCCCGCAGUGGUGGGGGGCUCAGCCUCCCCUCGGUGCUGCUGGAGCUGCUGGCCCUGGGGGGCUCCGUGGGCUACGGCUGCGCCAGGAGCUUCCCCUUCAGCGCCUGGGGGGAGUCGCUCUUCCUCCUCCUUCAGACCCUCACCCUCCUCUUCCUCAUCCUGCACUUCGGGGGCCGCACGGGCCGAGGGCUGGCGUUUGUGGCCGUUUUUGGGGCGUUUUUGGGGGUUUUGGUGUCUCCGCUGACGCCGCUGAGCUUCGUCACCGCCCUGCAGGCCCUGAACCUGCCCAUCAUCAUCCUCAGCAGG